AUGCCCAGCUCGCAGGGGCGCCGCGAGGCGCUGGGCGCGGCCAUGAUGUCGCGGAUCGCGCGGCUCCUCUGCUCCGAGGACCCCGUGGUGGCUGGCCGGGCGGCCACCGCCGCGUUCUACUUGGCCCAGGCCAGCCCGAACGCCGUGCUGUUCCGCGGGGCGGUGCUCGGGGCCACGGGAGGAGCGGAAGCACUGGACUCGGCGCUGCCGCGGAUCCUGCUCUGCUUGCAGGCCAGCAGGGAAAAGCAGUUACAGGUUCUUGGCGUCCUUCGGAUGGCCUGCUCCGUGCAGGACAGCUGCUCGGAGGCGUUCUACGAGGUGGUCAGCCGGGCCCUCCUCGAUCAAGCAGUUCCUCUGGAGCUCUUCGGGGUCCGUGCUGACGGGUGCCAGGGCCGCUGGCGUCUCGCUUGCGCCGCGCAGCACCUGCUGCUGCAGAUGUCGAGGAGCUGUGCGGUGUGCGAGCUGCUCGUGGAGUGGUCUGCGCUUCGGCAGGUCCUCUCCACCGUCCUGCUGCAGGGGGGGCCACCAGACCUGGCGUCGGACGCGAGGGCGUGCGCCCUGGGGACAGCCUGGAACAUCGCCGUGGCCCGCCGAGGGACGCUCCGAGUGCGUCUGGCGGACGUCGCGCUGGGCCUCCUGCUCGACCUCGCCCGAGCGGACGCUGCAUCUCUUCCGGCGGGCCUGGAGCCGAGCCAGGCUGGGGCGGCCGCGCUGGUGCGGCCGCUCGACUGCUGCGCACGCGGCCGGCUGGUCACGGCCCUCUUCCACCUGGCGAAGUGUGAGGAGGUGGCUGGCCGGCCAGAGUGGCUUGAGAGCUCGGACGCGUUGCUGACGGUGGUGUCGGCCCUGCGUGGGAAGGACCUCGUCACGGGCAUGCGUCUGCUGGUCGACCUGGUCCAGGCGCACACCCAGCAGCUGGCGCCAAAGGCCCUCCCCAUGGUCUGGGGCCACGUGACGCGCGAGGACAUUGCCGACAGCGAGGAGGCAGAGGCGUGCUUCGGGAUGCUCUGCUGCCUCAGCUGCCACGCCUCCGUGUGCUGCCAGGGCGGCCGCCUGCCCUGGCACGAGGCCCCGGGGGCCCUGGCCCUCGCCACUGGGCGGCUGCUGACCGGGGCCGUGGAGCGGCCUGCGGCUCGCCGCGCCCUGCGCGAGCUGCUGUGCGCCGCGGGGAACCUGUGCCUGGUGUGCGGGGGGGAGCGGCGCCGGGCGCUGGGGAAGCAGCUCGUGCCGCUGCUCGUCGCGGGCCUGCUCCGGCAGGCACCGGCCGGCCACCGGCCGCUGCUCGAGGUGUCGACCGCGUGCCUGCGGCAGCUGUGCACGGAGCACGGCGGCAGCGCGCUCCUGGCCGUGGGAGUGUGGGCGGCGCUCGAGGGUGGCUCCCGCCUGGACGACGAGCUGCUGUGCCACCUGGACGAUGAGCUGCUGGGGCGCGUGCUGCUCGUGGCAGAUGACGCGCUGCGGGUGCUCCAGCGGGCGGGCAUGGACCGGGAGUUCCAAGAAGGGUGCGACGCGGCGGCGAGGGUCCUCGCAGGGGCCUCUUGGGCAGCGAGGCUAUCUCCCAGGUGCGCUUGGCAGCGCUCCACCGAAGGUGAGCUCCGAGUGUUGAUCCAAGUCUCCACCUCAGAGGCGUCGAUCCUGACGCUGACUGAGGAGGCACUCUGGUCCGAGGGGGGUUCCCUGCGCCACGCACUGGCAGUGGAUGCCGCGGAGGCCAGUGAGCCGUGGCUGCAGGCGCAGGCGCUUGCACUGUCGGCUGUGGCCACCUUCGCGAGGAAGGGCAGGGCACAGCUCGCUGGCCUGGAGCCUCGGCGUAUGCAGGUGCUGAAGGGCCCCUUGGCAGGGUCGCUGCUGCAGCUGGCGGGCCGACCCGCCAGCCUGAAGCGCCCCGCCAUCGCCCAGGUGCUGACGGCCGCGCUCACCGACCUGUGCGGAGAGACCGACGCCGGUGCUGGCCGCGGCGCCCUGGGGCCGCUCUGCGGCCAAGUGGAGAAGUGGCGCUGCGGCCAGGACGGCGGGUGA